GGGCAGACCAGGCCAUAUUGGAUCUAAGAUCUUGGGCAGUACUGGAAGUGCUGACAGGCUUCAGUAUUUUGGAGUCUGUCAAAAGGUUUGUUCGGAUAAGGGCUUCAUCCUGACAUUCCGCCAGAAUCGCAUCCUCCUUCAGACGGCAGGGCAUCUGUGACUUUUAUAGUGAAAUGAGCCCAACCGACGCUAAACGAGGAGCCAAGCGCAGAAAAAGCAAGCGGGGCGGUGGCAGCAGUAGCAUCAUUAGCGGCAGCGUUACCAGCUAUAGCGGCAAGGCCGGAGUUCCAGCUGCGGUGAGAAGUCCACAAGCCACAGGAACACCUGAAUCCAUAAUGGGCUUAUUAACAGCAGGAAGCGCUGGGAACAGUAACACGGGAAGCAUCGCAGGCCUGAACGGAGAGGUUUCGAUGAAUGGUACACAGUUUUCCGAAGGGCCGGUGAAUUCUGACUUUUCUGGAGUGCUUCAGACGCCGUUCACCUUUGGGAUGGGUCAGAGGGCGCCCUACACCACCGGGGGGCGCUGUCUGCUGUGCCGGAGGGAGCGGACGGACGGCUCGUUCGCGGAGGCGGGGUCGGCGGAGACGCCGUCCGCGUCGGGGAGGAGCAGCGCCGCGCUGCCCCUGUGGGUGUGUCCCGACUGCCGGCGCACCGUGGAGACGGAGGAGCGAGGCUCCGCCCCCGAGCCUUCGGUGGGGAACCAGGACUUCCUGUCGCACGUUUCCUUGGGGAACGGCGAGCCCCCGCGGGAGUCCGCGGGAGAAGCGCAACCCGCCCCAGCCCUGCCCCGGACCCCGCCCCCCGUCGCCGUGGAGACGCUGUGCAACUGUGAGGUCUGCAGCGAGCAGAGGGACAGCUCGGCCCAGUCCGAGCGGGAAUCGCGGGAGAUGCAGAAGUCCUGGUCGGAAGUGCGCUUCAUGGUCCGGUACAUCUACCGGCAAACGGGAACGCCGCUGGCCGACGACCAGGACCAGCCUCAGGAUGGAGACCGGGACGGGAUGAAAGGCCUGGUGGAUAGGCUGUGUAAGAGGGACCCGUACCAGCUGUACCAGCGGCUGGAGCAGCAGGCCAGGGAGUACGUGCUGGAGGUGAAGGUGCGUCUCCUCAAGCACCUGUCGGCGGGGUCAAAGGUCACGUCGGCGGAGGAAGGCCCCCCCCAGGCGCACCAGUUCAUCUCGCUGCUCCUGGAGGAGUACAGCACCCUCUGCCAGGCUGCCCGCACAAUCAGCUGCUUCCUCCUCACGCUGGAAGAUGAGCAUCUGAAGAAGUUCCAGGUGACAUGGGAACUGCACAACAAGCACCUUUUUGAAAAUAUUGUAUUUUCUGAACCUCUUUUGCACAACAGUUUACCGUCUCUGGUUGCACAACUAAGGCACGGGACCGCCUCCUGUGACUCGUACAGUGAGGACAUGUACAGCGCGCUGCUGGAGAGCUACCAGCAGCUGGACAGGGAGAUGAACGUGGUGGCCGUGGAGUGGCUAGAGUGCGAGAAGAGGAUCGAUGACUACGUCGACGAGCAGUUACUUUUUAAGGGUGAAGGACAGAACCACACGCAUCAAAAGAAGGAACCACACAAAUCGUUGGUAAGCAAAAAUAUGCCACUAAAAACGAAACAACAACUUCUGAAAGAAGACUGGGAGUUCUUUAAACAAAGGAGGUUUAUUGAAGACCAGUUAUCAGGCAGUAGGAAGCCUGUCACUGGAGACCAUUUCACUGACACUAUGCGACACCUGCUGUCGUCUAGGCUGAGUAUCCCAGACUGCCCCAACUGCAACUACCGAAGGAGGUGCACUUGCGAUGACUGCAGCCUUUCGCACAUCCUGACCUGCGGCAUCGUGGACUCCUCCGUGACGGACAGUCUCCAUGGCGCCAAGCCCGCCCCGGACUUCCUGUCCGAGCUGCACCCCCCCAGCAUGUCCUCGGCCAGCUCCAACUCCAGCUCCGGCUCCCCCGUCACUGUCCAGCACCCACACCUCAUCCUCCCUACCAGAGGGGGCGCCCCCUGCUUUUGUUCUUCCUGUUCCCGCAGCGAUGAUUCGCCGUCGGCCAUGUUUGCGGACGUCUACUCGCUGAGCGGCUACGGCGACGCGGACGCGGCGACCGGCGUGAACGGCGGCCGCGAGCAGCUCGGCGGCGGGGAGGAGAGCGCGGCGGUGAACGGCCAGUCUCCCAGAGUGAGCAGUAGCAGCAGCUCUUCAGAGGAAGACGAGGAGGAGGAAGAGGAGGAGGGGGACCGUGAAAGCUGCAGUGAGCCUCCUGGACCACAGGGGGAGCUCUCUUCAGAAAAUAACUCCUCCAGCCCUCCUCCAUCUUACCCUACCCAGCAGGCCGAGCAGCUUCCGCACGCGUGCGAGUGUCACGCCUGCAAACAGGACGCGUGCGGCGUGGCCCCCCCGGUCCUCUCCGGCGGCCGACCCCCCCUCGGCCAGCAGUUCCUCCCGGAGAAGACCUCGCACCCCGCCCUGCACCUCUACCCCCACAUCCACGGCCACCUACCCCUGCAGAACAUGGCGCACCUGCCCCGGCCUCUGCUGCACCCCUCCCUCUACCCCGGCCCCGCCUUCCCCCACAGCAAGACCCUUCCGCCGGCCCCUACGCUGAACCACGCGGGCGGGCCGCCAGCCUUCAGCACCUGCCUGCAGGAGCACGUUUACCAGAACUGUUUUGGGAGCGCCGGCGACUGGAACGGCUCGCUCCACGCCCCCCUCCACGCCCCCUCGCUCAAGUUUGAGAACAUCUGGGAGUCCACCAUGAAGAGCUGGAGCCCGGCCGUGUACGUCCCGGACCCCCGGCCAGGUGACACGCUGGGGCCGACUCUUCCGGAGGCCUCCCGGCUGGAACUACAACCCCCAUCAUGCAACAGCGAGCCCCUAGUCGCCACGGAAACCAAGGAGCGGAAGAACCACGCCAAGAAGAAGUGUCUGUAUAACUUCCAGGAUGCCUUCAUGGAGGCCAACAGGGUGGUGAUGGCGACGUCGUCGGCAACCUCGUCCGUGUGCUGCACCGCCACCACCGUCCAGUCAAGUAAUAAUCAGAUCAAAGUUUCGUCUAAAAGGCCCACUUUCCUAGGCGAUGUGUUUCACAGUGUAGAGGACCACAGGAGAGGUAGCCCCACUGGCCUCGCCCCUCUUCCCCCGCUCUCCGCCCCCGCUCCGUUUCCCGGCUCCGCCCCCCACCUGCCCCACCCCGAAGUGCCGCCCUUCUCGAAGAACGGCGCCACGGCGACAGGCUUCACGGACGCCCGUCCGGGCCUCUGCCCCUCCCCCGCUGACCUCCUGGCCCCUCCCCCUGAGGGCGGAGUCAGCGCCCCGCCUAGCGUGUGCAGUGACCCCGAGUGUGAAGGUCACCACUGCGACGGCCGCGGCGGCGGCGGCUACGACCACCAGCCCUACGACGGCGAGGACAGCCAGGACGACGACAGCUGCUCCGAGCACAGCUCCAGCACCUCCACCUCCACCAAUCAGAAGGAGGGGAAGUUCUGCGACUGCUGCUACUGCGAAUUCUUCGGCCACGGAGGGCCCCCCGCCGCGCCCACGAGCCGGAACUACGCGGAGAUGCGGGAGAAACUGCGACUGCGGCUGACCAAGCGGAAGGAGGAGCAGCCCAAGAGGGAGGAGGCGCCGGCGGAGCGCGAGCGGGAGAGCCUGGAGGACCACCGCGACGUGGAGGACCUGCUGCAGUUCAUCAACAGCGAGGACGCCAAGCCAAUCAGCAGCUCCCGCGCCGCCAAGCGCGCCCGCCACAAGCAGAAGAAGAUGGAGGAAAAGGCCCGUCAGGAGGCGGAGGCGCGUGAGAGGGAGGAGGAGCAGAGACGGAGGGAGGAGGAGGAGGAGGAGGCCCUGAGACGAGAGUUGCUCCGGCUGCAGGAGCUCCAGCAGCUCCGGAACGCAAAAAAGAAGAAGAAGGAGAGAGCGCGGGAGGUGCAGGGGGCGGAGCCCGCCACCCGGAGCCCCCGCCUCCUCCAGGAGUCGGCCCGCACCGCCCUGGAGAACCUGAAGAACAGCAAGGCCCAGAUGGCGCAAAGCAUCAUGGGAGCGCGCGGGGAGGAGCAGGGCGUGGCGCCGCUCCAGCGGCUGCUCGGCUCGGACCGCUGCGGAGAGACGGCCCCCCCUGGAGACCCCCCCCGAGAGCCCGCGGGCAAACCCAAAACCCGGCAGCCACCGCCAGCGGCGCCCAGGAAGUGCACGGAGACGACGUCCAAACUGCCGGAGCCCGAUCUGAAGCCCACCAGCCCCGCUCAGACCCAGACUGAGCCCGCACCCCCGCCCGCCGGGGAUCCUGUGCCGGAGGAGCAGGGCGACGGGCCCGGCGAGCAGAACCCGCCCGCCCUACCCCAGGAGGACGGAGCCGACCCGGACCCGGGUUCAGCCCCGCAGCCGGAGCCAGAACCAGAACCAGAACCAGAACCAGCGCCGACCGACCCGCCACAGCCGGCCGACAAACCCGCCAACUCCGAGUCCCCGCAGCCCAAGAGCAAAAGCAAAAAGAACAAGAAGAAGAAAGAAAAGACCGGCAACUCCAUCGAUGACGUGUUCCUGCCCAAAGACAUCGACCUGGACAGCGAGGAGAUCGACGAAACUGAGCGGGAGGUGGAGUAUUUCAAAAGGUUCUGCUUGGACUCGGCCCGGCUCACCAGGCAACGGCUGUCAAUCAACUGGUCCAACUUCAGCCUGAAGAAGACCACCUUCGCAGCCCACUGACGGCGCCGGACGGGUCGAGACACUGGGAAUUUGGGGGAAAAACCAAAUCACCGUGACUGCUAAUGACCCGGCCCUGCUGUGCCGAGAAACGCCUGUAUCUGGAGGGAUAGGAAAACGGGCUUAUGACGUUGCUGUCACCUGAGAGGAGCUCCACCAAUCAUGGAGCACGUUGGUAAUCAGUCAUUGAACAAAGUCAUCAGUGAUUGGUGGAUACUUUUUCCCCUAAUGGUAUGGUGGAAAGUAUCCUCCAAUCACCAUUGAGGUUGUUCUAUUUGUCGUGACCAACAUGCUCUGUGAUUGGCGGAGCUCCACUCCGGCUUACAUGCCAAAUGACUACUUCCUGUUCCUGUGUUAUUAUCCGCGGCCUCCAGGCUGCUACGGCCCAGCCCCGCCCCACCCCACCCCGCCCCUGCUGCUCCUGCCGCUGCCCAUGCUGCUGCUGCCGUUGUGAACUCCCACCCCCCCUUUAAACGCGACUGGGGGGUGGAAACAAAACUCCUGAACCACUUUUUACACGAGUGUGCUUGUGUGCUUGUGUGCUUGUUGUCUGUCGGGGGGGAUAUUUACCCCCCCCGGCCGCUUCUCACUGUGGGGCCAUGCCCGAAGACCGCCACGCCUCCUUCGCUUCGUCACCGGAACGCCGCAGCUCUAGCCUUCUCCGUGCUGGACGGCACACUGGCGCCCCCUAGGGGGUGUGAGAGAACUGCUGCCACAGAACCUCACUGCACUUGGUGUUAUGGCUCCAGGGACUGAGGGAUCAUAUCUACCUAUCCGUAUCCAUCUGAGUAGAUGGAUGUCUAUAACUACCUAUCAGUAGAUGUCCAAGUCCUCUUGAUCAACUAGUUUAGUUUAGUUUUUUUUUUUUUUUCCUAGUUGACAUGGGGAUUUGUUAAAUGCAUGGCUUGGUGAAAAUCCUGGCUUUUAACUUUGCAUCCCGAACGUGGUCCUCUAUUAAUGGCUCACGUGGCGAAGCAGAGAGAGCUCCAAAUGCUUAAUCGUUUUUUCAAAAGUCAAAACGGCAAAAGAGGGGGAGCCCUUUUACUCUCAAAAAAUGGAUCCAAUGCUCAGUUUGUCGUCCACCACAAAGGCUAGAGAGAAGCCAGGAACUGUAAGACGGGUAGCUCAGGUCCGUGCAGUGCAGUCUGGGUAAGGAUGAUGGCCGUUCAGGACCGAGGUCUGUGAAAGAGGCUUUCUCUCACGCCCGUGAUCUAUGUGGACCCUGUCACACGUGCAUCCGACAUUUCGCUCAUGAAAAGGGAUUCGUUUUCAUCAACACUAUCCAGCAAGGAAGGAAGGCUAAUACUUGAUCAUUUUAUUUUUCAGUUCCGUUUAACAACCUGAUGUUGAAUUGUAAAAGUUAUGCAAUUUUUCUUCUUUUUUAUUUUAUUUUAUUUUUUUAUUUGUUAGCCAGCUUACAUCAGAAAUGCUAAAUGAAAUGGAAAAGGAACAAACGCCUCGCUGUCGACCUGUUAUAGAGUGUAUACUGGAUUAACACUGAAGCCUGACUCGGCUACUUUUUUUAACAUAUUGUUAAGUAAUAUUAAAUUGUGUCUUUCUUUUUUGAAAGAUGGAAUACAGUCGUAUGGAAGGA